UCGGGGCCCGGGCGGCGGGAGAAGUCGAGCCAGGGUGAGCCGUGCGCCGGGACGCCGAGGGCGCGAUGGAACCUCGCUCACCUGGCAGGGCCCGUGGAGGCUGAGGAUAACGGAGUGUCCGGCUGCUGCGGUCUUCGCUUUAGGUUUUCGCUCCCGGGGCGGUGGGUGUGGAUGCGCAGUCAUUGCCUUCACCUGCCGCCCUGGGACAAGUGACUGGGAACAGCAUCCUCGCUCUCUGGCGCUCUUGGAGGGUGCCAGUGCAGCGCCCAUUCUAACAGGUUUUCUACUUAUGAAAGAUAAUGACUACUGAUGAAGGUGCCAAGAACAAUGGAGGAAGCCCGGCAGCAGCUGUUGCUGAGCAGGGAGAGGAUAUUACCUCUAAGAAAGAUAGAGGAGUAUUAAAGAUUGUUAAAAGAGUGGGGAAUAGUGAGGAAACACCAAUGAUUGGAGACAAAGUUUAUGUCCAUUACAAUGGAAAAUUGGCAAAUGGAAAGAAGUUUGAUUCCAGUCAUGAUCGAAAUGAACCAUUUGUCUUUAAUCUUGGCAAAGGUCAAGUUAUCAAGGCAUGGGACAUCGGGGUGGCUACCAUGAAGAAGGGAGAGAUGUGCCAUUUACUGUGCAAACCAGAAUAUGCAUACGGCUCAGCUGGCAGUAUCCCCAAAAUUCCCUCAAAUGCAACUCUCUUUUUUGAGAUUGAGCUCCUUGAUUUCAAAGGAGAGGAUUUAUUUGAAGAUGGAGGCAUUAUCCGAAGAAUCAAACGGAAAGGAGAAGGAUACUCAAACCCAAACGAAGGAGCAACAGUAGAAAUCCACCUGGAAGGCCACUGUGGUGGAAAGAUGUUUGAUUGCAGAGAUGUGAUAUUCAUCGUUGGCGAAGGAGAAGACCACGACAUUCCAAUUGGAAUUGACAAAGCCCUGGAGAAAAUGCAGCGGGAAGAACAAUGUAUUUUAUAUCUUGGACCACGAUAUGGUUUUGGAGAGGCAGGGAAGCCUAAAUUUGGCAUUGAACCUAAUGCUGAGCUUAUGUAUGAAGUUACACUUAAGAGCUUCGAAAAGGCCAAAGAAUCCUGGGAGAUGGAUACCAAAGAAAAAUUGGAGCAGGCUGCCAUUGUCAAAGAGAAGGGAACUGUGUACUUUAAGGGAGGCAAGUAUUUGCAGGCGGUGAUUCAAUAUGGGAAGAUAGUAUCGUGGUUAGAGAUGGAAUACGGCUUAUCAGAAAAGGAAUCUAAAGCUUCGGAAUCAUUUCUGCUCGCUGCCUUCCUGAACCUGGCUAUGUGUUACCUGAAGCUCAGAGAGUACACCAAAGCCGUCGAAUGCUGUGAUAAGGCCCUUGGACUGGACAGCGCCAAUGAGAAGGGCUUGUACAGAAGGGGUGAAGCCCAGCUGCUCAUGAACGAGUUCGAGUCAGCCAAGGGUGACUUUGAGAAAGUGCUGGAAGUAAAUCCCCAGAAUAAGGCCGCAAGACUGCAGAUCUCUGUGUGCCAGAAAAGGGCUAAGGAGCACAAUGAGCGGGACCGCAGAAUAUAUGCCAACAUGUUCAAGAAGUUCGCAGAGCAGGAUGCAAAGGAAGAAGCCAGUAAAGCAGUGGGCAAGAAGACUUUAGAAGGGGUCACCAAUAAAAAAGAAAGUCAAGCAACGAAAGAGGAGAAAGCAGAAGGCCAUGUAUGACACCACGCAAAAGGAGGGAAGAGUCCUGGUGAACUCGGCCCCCUCCUCCCUGGGCUUUCACCCAACUCAGGACUAAACAGUGUUUAAUGUAAAGUUUGUCAUAGUCUAUGUGAUUCUGGAAGCAAAUGGCAAAACCAGUAGCUUCCCAAAAAACCACACCCUGCUGCUGCCCAGUGCUCUCAUUGAGGGGUGGCGUGGGACCACUCCAGGUGGAACAAAACAGAAAUGACUGUUGGUGUGGAGGGACUGCGCCAACAGCUUAAGUCCAGCUCAUUUCAGUUUAUGUCACCUUUCAAUAUCCAAUUCAGGGUCCCUUGAGAUAAUCCCGACAAUUGAAACUGUCCAAUUUUAUAUUUGAUUGAACUUUAAUAGCACUUCAGAAACCCAAAAAUAAAUGCUUAAUGGAUUUCUCCUUUCUUGCAGUUGGAUGGGGGAAAGGAGGAUGAGAUUUUGUGUUUUAAUUAACCGAAGUGCUACGAAUGCAACCUGUUGUAUUUUUAACCAGUAGAACCCAAAGUAGGGGAUCUAAUGUCCCCUCAGGUCCACUGCAGUGUCACAGACUUGAAAGCCAGAACCUCAGAGGCCACUUGCUUGCUGACUUAGCCAUACUCCACCCUUAGUGAGCCAGCCUCCUUGUGAGAGUGGGUUUCUGCCACACCCUGCCUGUCCCAGAGGAGGAAUCCUGUCAUUCCUAAAACACUUCGGAAGUGACAGCUAGCAGAGGGAGUUUCUGGAUUAGCUUUCUCUGUUUUGGAUGAAGUUCUGAGAUGUUGAAAUGUGAAAAGAGCAAUCAGAAUUGUGUUUUUUCCUUUCCUCUGUUCCUUUUCGGAAAUAAUUUUGCAUACAGUACUGCCUGCUAGCAUUGCUACUGCUCAGUUUCUUAUUUCCAUUCUAACCCUCGCUAUUAAGAAUUUAAAACUUGUUCUUGUAAUAUUUCUGACCUGGAGUGGAUUUAUUUACAUAUCCAUUUAGGAUCCAUGCAGCUUUUUUUGUUGUCUUUUUAAAAUUACUGGCUCAUAAACAUUUGUAUACUGGAACUUUAUUUACACUCUUCUCUCGUGCAAAAAAAAAAAAAAAA